UAUUUUAGCCAAUGAAAUCAUCAAAACAAUUCCUGUUACAAGACUGAAAGUAUAAUUGGCCAAUCAGCCGUAUUCCACACAAGGGGUGGGGCUUACGUGAUUGGCAGCUGUGAUGUCAAAUCAGUUAGAAGCUUUAAACAGCUCGACCAAUAGAAACACCGAAAAGGAGGGUUUGACACGUUGCCACCAGCCAAUCGGGAUGCACCUCAGAGUGACGCAUCCACCCAUCAGCUGUUUUUGUUUUGCUGUGUGAAUAUUGGAAGUUAAUAACAUAAUAACAACAGUGUCGACUUACUCAAGUCAAACCGCUCAUACAGGAGGUGUUACCGUUGAUCUUGUACCCUGUUCAGAUUCGGGAUAGUUCUCUCGCUGUGUGAUGUGUGCCAUCUGAGCCAGUCUCCCGGACAUUCAGCUCCCUGAAGAGUGUGAGCGUGGCGCUUGGAGUCGGGGGGCAGAGGAGGGGAAGCGGGUUCCGGCGGGGAUCAACCCGAGCCCAAGGCCUGCGACCUCGGCCAGCGAGAGGAGAGGGAAUUUGGCGGCUCGGAUGGAGUCCCAGGAGCCCCAGGACGUGCCGGACGGCCCAGGAGUGUACCGAGCCUUCAUCUGUGCCUCGUUUAACCAGGACACCACUUCUCUGUCAGUGGGCACCAAAACUGGCUACCGGCUCUUCUCAGUCACUGCUGUGGACAAACUGGACUGCAUCCACGAGGGAGUAGAGUGUCCAGAUGUGUAUAUAGUGGAGCGACUGUUCUCCAGUAGCUUGGUAGUGGUGGUCAGUCUGUCCAUGCCACGGCGAAUGAACGUCUACCACUUCAAGAAAGGUACAGAGAUUUGUAACUACAGCUACUCCAAUAACAUCCUCUCCGUCAGGCUCAACAGACAGCGGCUGGUGGUGUGCCUGGAGGAGUCGAUCUAUAUCCACAACAUCAAAGACAUGAAACUACUCAAAACUCUGCUUAACACACCCACCAACCCCACAGGUCUUUGCGCUCUCUCCGUCAACCACAGUAACUCCUACCUUGCGUACCCUGGCAGCGCCACCAUUGGAGAGAUCACCGUCUAUGAUGCCAACAACCUGAGCACUCUGACGCUGAUCCAAGCCCAUGACAGUCCCUUGGCAGCCCUCACCUUCAAUGCCUCUGGUACCAAACUGGCCAGUGCUUCAGAGAAGGGCACCGUUAUCAGAGUCUUCAGCGUUCCUGAAGGACAGAGACUGUUUGAAUUCCGCAGAGGGAUGAAAAGAUAUGUUAGCAUCAGUUCAUUGUCCUUCAGCGCGGACGGCCAGUUCCUGUGUGCCUCCAGCAACACUGAGACAGUCCAUAUCUUUAAACUGGAGCAGCACAGCCCAAGUCAAGAUGAGGAGUCUCCCACAUGGUCAGCAUAUGUGGGUAAAAUGUUCACAGCAGCCAGCACCUACCUGCCCAGCCAGGUGUCCGACAUGAUGCAUCAGGACAGAGCGUUCGCCACAGUGCGGCUCAACAUGUUCGGCCUGAAGAACAUCUGCGCCCUGGCUACGAUUCAGAAGCUCCCUCGCCUGCUGGUGGCAUCCUCAGACGGAUUUCUCUACAUCUAUAAUGUGGAUCCCCAGGAUGGAGGCGAAUGCGUCCUGGUCCAAAAACAUAGGCUGUUUGACUCCAGUGAGGAUCAGGUGGAAGAGAAGGAAGAGGAGAAUCCAGAGGAUGUUUCUCCCCAGCCAGCCAGCCAAUCAUACGCUGCCACUGUAGCCCUUCCUUCAACCCCGCCCUCCUCCACCACUCUCAUGGGUUACUCUGAGGAUGGUGGAGCCCAGAAGGGUGAGGUCAUCCCAGAGCAUGAGUUCGCCGAGGGGCCUGUCUGUCUGGAUGACGAGAACGAGUUCCCUCCAGUCGGCAACCAGAGUAACUGACCAAACCCCCUCUCAUGAAACACCCAAUCCCUGCAUAACAAUCAGACUGUUUCAAGCAGGGAAGGUGGACAAAAUAUUCCUGUGUUGAGACAUUGUGGCACCCCCACCUUUCCACAUGUACCCCUGCUGGCCUAGGGUCAAAUCUUGCCAGAAUGUUACUUCCUGGUGUUUCUGUAUUCUGCGUCCCUCUCAUUUUUUCUAACGAAUGAGGAUGAAAAAAAGAACGGAAGGUCCACUCAUCCUUAAACACAUUCACAACAUGUUAGCUAACUCCCAUGUUACGUCAUUAACAACAGCGUUAAACCUUUUUUUUUUUAAAUGAGGAAAUCCUGACAACACAGUGACAUUAUUGUUGCACAUUAUUAUCGUGGUAGCAAUCAUGAACAUUUGACUGAUCUGGUGAGUAGACUGAAUAUACCAAAGUAUUAGAGACAACCGUUGGGCCUGGGCUGCAGCCAAAAUAGAGUAACCAGGGGCCACAUUCACAAAAAUGCUCUUUUAGCAGCUUCUAAACUAGCCAAGUGCAAUCAUAAAAAAAUACUUGAAUAUAAUCCAAAAUGAGUCAACUCUGUUGAGAUCAUUGGUCAUGUUUUCUGUCUAAAAUUAGCAUCUGAAAAGUGUAGAAGCCCAGAGAAGCAAGUGAGAUGAAAACGGUAAUACAUUUUCUGAGAAAUUAAUUUCUGUCCUGUCUUUACAGAUAAAACAAAUGGUCUUUGUGCCAGGAUUAGUUUUUCAAAAAUUUUUCCAUCUGUGAAAACGUGGGAAAAAAGAGGUUUUGGCAGGCAAAAAAACACCGAAGUUUUGUCGGGUGUUUGUUUUUGUAGUACUAAUUUUGGCCACAAGAGGCUGAAUUGCACCACUACCACCAUGUUUUAAACAGGACUUAAAGCAUUCAUGUUUUUUUUUUUUUUUUAAUUUCUCCGUACACUCUAAACACAAGGUACAUUUUUUCCCUCUGUG